GUAAAUAGCAAACCCAAACUCCAAACGCACAGGCAAAAGUCAAGGCCUUUUCACCAGAGCAAAAGACCCAAACCAAACCGAACCACACGACACAGGGCGAGCAAGCAGUGACAGCAGAGAGAAAUGGGGAGGAAGAAGGGAGUGGUAGAGUUCGAGGAUUCUCCUCCAGAUGACUUCGAUCCAUCGAACCCUUACAAGGACCCAGUGGUGAUGCUGGAAAUGAGAGAGCAUCUUGUUAGAGAGAAAUGGAUUGACAUAGAGAAAGCCAAGAUCUUGAGAGAGAAACUGCGGUGGUGCUAUCGCAUUGAAGGAGUCAAUCAUCUCCAGAAAUGUCGCCAUCUUGUCCAGCAGUAUCUUGAUUCAACUCGUGGGAUCGGGUGGGGCAAGGACCAACGCCCUCCUUGUCUCCACGGUCCUAAAGUGGAGGCAACAGCCGAGUCUGAGUGAAUCCGUUUCAGUAUUUGAUCUGCCUGGUUUUGUAUUAAGAUCCAACUUUGUUUCAUGCAUGGAGACUUUUGAAAGGAAAUUGAAGAGACAUAAUGUGGCCAUGCAAUGUCUGAGAAACAGCAGGGUGUAUUGUUCCUUCUCAAAGGUCUUGGGUGAACAGGUCAUAUAGAUGCUUAAAGUUAUCACUUGUAGGAAAUUAAGGGAAAAUUAGUUAUUGGCUGUCUAGGGUCAGAGAGGGGAUGCAUUGUGGUUGCUGAGGGUAUCUGAUGAGCUAAACAAAAACUGUCUUGAAUUUUAAUGUAAUUCAGCAAAAUAUCUUGCUUAUGCUUGCUGUUUAUUUUUAACUAGAUUAGGUUUUGAUGUGUUACUCAUAAUGAGCUUAAGUAUAGAACAUCUGCAUUUUUCA